AUGGGACAAGAUGCAUUCGAAAACUUUGGUUUUCCGAAACGGACCAACUAUUCCAUUUCGCACUGGCUACAAUCGGUGCAGGGCGAUCCUCUUCUGGAUCAUCGAACAACACCAGAGUUGCCUGCGUCUGCAGACAUAGUGAUCAUCGGAUCUGGCAUGUCUGGGACAAUAAUCGCCAAAAACAUCGUGGAAACCUGGCCCGAAAAGAAAGUGGUCGUUAUUGAGGCCCGACUAUUCUGCUCCGGUGCUACUGGUAGAAAUGCUGGUCACUGCAAGCCUGACCAGUGGCGAGGCUUCAUAGGCUAUGAGAAACAAUUUGGUACUCAGCAGGCCCUGAAGAUUCUGCAAAACGAACAACAGACAUGGUCCGAAGUCGUACAAUACAUAAAGGAGAACAGUGUCGAAUGCGAACAUUGGAGUGGUGAUACACUGGAUGUUCCAGUUACCCCCCAGGCCGCGGAGAAUGCAAAGAAGAUCUUUGAGCGCUACAAGGCGGCGGGCGGCAACGUUGACCACAUCAAGGUUACAAACGACCCUAAAAAAGCAGCAGAGAUAUCGCAAAUCAAAACCGCACAAGCAUGUUAUGCGUGGCCGGCAUCGACGCUACACCCCUGGAAACUUGCGGCGCACGUUAUGCGUGACAAUAUCAAGAAAGGGGUGAACCUCCAAACAAAGACUCAAGCCACCAGUGUCGUCCAUUCUGGGGAAGAUCAACACAAGUGGGUCGUCAAAACCGAACGAGGCGAUAUCAAGUGUUCCGAAGUUGUCCAUGCAACCAAUGCUUAUAGUUCUGCACUCGAACCGUCUCUGCGGGGGCUCAUCACGCCAUGUCCUCACAUUUGCAACAAGGUUAUUCCACCCAAGGCUGAUGCAGGCUUUGAAGGCUUCAAGGGCUCUUAUGGUGUUCUACUCCCCCAAGACGCCCUGAUCACCAUCAAUCCUCGUUUUAAUGGAGGCGGUGGGGUUCUUUUCGGCGGCAGCAACCCAGGUCAAGAUGAGUUUAUGGAGUGGCUAGAGAAAAACCCGCAUCGGUACAUUGACGAUGGUCUGACUGGAUUUGACUCGGUCACGAAGGCUAUCCAGGAAUUCGCAGUAGAAGGAUUCGAAGGAUGGCCCUCCGAUGCCCUGAAGCAGGGGGAGACUUAUAAGGAGGCCUGGAGCGGCAUCCUUGGACUUAGCGAAGACGGCCUGCCUUUCGUCGGACAAUUACCUGCACUUCCAGGCCAGUGGAUUUGUGCUGGGCACCACGGACAUGGCAUGGCACGUAUCUUUACCGUAGCAUCCGGCUUGGUCAAGUUGAUGAAUGGAAGCUCUUGGACUGAUACGCGGCUGCCCGAGGUUUUCCAAAUCACGGCGGCAAGAACCGAACGGCUGAAAGAGCGCGUGAAGAUAUCACCUGUUCGUGCUCGUAUCUGA